AUGACAUCAUUUAAUAGAAAGAAUCCUUUUAUUGAGAGAUUAGCAAAUGAGAAUUAUUUAUCUGAUAAUAAUCGAUCAAAUGCCGAACAACGAUCAAGACGAUCAAGUCUUGCAGCAAUUCGACAACAAGAUUUCUAUGAUCAAUAUUCAUCGUCAUACAAUGAUUCACAUUAUCGGCAUGGAAAUAAUUCAAAUUCAUAUGACUUUUAUGGUUUAACACCGGUGGAAAUUCCUCAAUUUCAAUAUCCAUCUCAUACACUUUUACAACAAAAUGGUUUUACUUAA